AUGGCGCGGUAUCACUGCCUGCUCCUCUUUAUGUCAUUCCUACUCACCACUGCAAAGGCCAAAUGCUACUACCCUAAUGGCGACAGCGAGAAUGGUUUAGAACACCAACCGUGCAUUUCCGUCGAGGGUCAAGAGAGCUUCUGCUGCUCUCUAAACCGGACUAAUCCACCCGGGGGCUCGUUAGACGACGGUUACACCGUAGACUUUUGCAUGAAGAACGGACUGUGCAAGAAUGUCGCGGAUGGAGAUACAGUUACGUACUUUCGCAGCAUGUGUUCUACUCCUGAAUGGCCCGAGGCAAACUGUCUAGAUCCUUGUCGUGGAUCUGACACCGGGGCAACGCCACCAAUGACACCCUGCGAUGGGACCGAAAAUUCGACAGUAUGGUGCUGUGGAGAUAAAGCUGACUGCUGCGGGACAACCUCCGCUGUUACCAUCGCCCCUGUGCUCGCUGCAGUCGCGUCUGCUUCAUCCCCGUCUACGUCCGCUACAGCAACACCAAGCGACACACCAUCCACACCAUCCACAGCAGACUCAAGCAGCCUAUCUACAGGUGCAAUGGCUGGAAUCGGAGUCGGUGCUGUUAUUGGCACCAUGGUCAUACUCGCAGGGCUGGGAUACUUCUGGAUGCGGCACCGGAAAUCAACAGCAGGCGGGAAUACUGCGACGCCGAUGGUAGACAAGAACAUGCGCAUGCACAAUGGCGCUGCCGAGGUUAGUGGGCUGAACCAUCGCAAGCAACCCACGCUAGUUGAAGUUGACGGUUCAAAUACGAGAGCCAUGCUCGAGUUGAAUACUGGCGACGGGUUGAGGCAUGAGUUGGGGGAUGGUCGGGAGUAUAGAUAG